AUGGAGUCUAGGUACCUGCCGAAUAGCGAUACACCGAGCUUGACAAUAGACGAGCCGGACCGCCACUUGAAAGAGGCGCUGGAAAACAUCAUCACCAACCUGCCUCCUCAAGACCGUUACACUGGCAGCAAUGACGUGCUCAAAGGCCUCUGGGCAGGUCCAACUGGAUUCGCAUACCUGUUUCUCGAGGCCUCCUCGCUGUAUCCACACCUGAAGGUGGCUGGACAUCACGCCCUCACCUGGGCGCGCAGGUACAUGGAGGGCGCCAGAGGCGACCUGGGCCUCAACUCGAGGUGCGGGUUAUCGUGUGAGAAGCUGGCCUACGAGGCGGUCCAGGCAUGCAUCACCAAGGAUAUAGCCUACGUCAAUGCCUUCCUCUCUAGCCUGCCUGAGAUUCUAGGGCCGGGCGGCUGGCCGGACGAGCUUCUGCAGGGUCGUGCCGGGACGCUCUACUUGCUGCGAAUGAUCCGCCACUGGGUCCCCGACAGCGCGGUCCUGCUAGACCGGUCAAUCGACGCCGUCACCACGACCAUCUUGGCGGGAGGCCCAGAGUGGAAGUGGCACGGGACGCGUUAUCUGGGGGCUGUCCACGGUGACAUUGGCAUCGUCACACAGCUUGUCCUCACGACACCGUCGCUGGCAGGCCGCCUGGAGGGAAAGAUGAGGGAGCUGUUGGGGUUCCAGUUGGCUGGUGGGAAUUGGCCGACCUCUGUUGGCAAGACAAGUGCCUCGCUCGUGCAGUUCUGCCACGGUGCACCAGGGUUCCUGCAUUCUCUAGUCUCACUCCGGCCCUACUUCCCCGGCCUCCAGCAAGAGAUCGACGCGAGCAUUGAACAGGGCCGUCUUUGCGUUUGGAAGGAAGGCCUGCUUCGAAAGGAGCCGUCCAUAUGCCACGGAAUAUUUGGCAAUGCCCUCACUUUACGUGAUCCUGAGAGACAACAUUUCCUGGCCAUGGCGACGCCAGAGGCUGUCGCUGAGAUCAGAAAGAAGGACGGGGCUGUGUUCGAGCCGGCAGACUAUGGAAAUAGCUCUGACUACACGAUAGCCAAUGAGGGACUUCGCAACAUGCGCAAGGAUUACCUGGAUAUCACUCUUUAG